GUCCAUCAUGGCGGUUGAUAGCGGUGGUCUCAAUUUUAAACAUUGCUUCAAUUAUUUUUAUUUUUUAUCAUUACUAUGGUCAAAUUUUAUGAUUUAACGUUUCCUGUUGGGUCAACCUUAAAAUGCCGAACAAGAAAUCAGGGAAAAAAAACAAAACUAAAAAUCUCGGAGACGUAACCCUAAAUGAUUUCGCUAAUUCCACUGUAUGCAAAAACAGAACCAAAAAAACCAACUCAACGACAGUUUUAAAGCAAUUUGAAGUGGAGAAGAGUUGGGAUGAAAAAGAAGAUGAUGAGUAUGAGGGUGAAUUUGUUGAACAGGAAAAUGAGGAUGGUACCAUAUCCUAUGUCAUAAGCAAGGAACUUCGAAAAAACAGGAAGGCAGUCUCACAAAGUGAGGACAUUCAAAGUGUCAAUGAAAAUGGAAACGAGUAUCCAUUAGAUGUGUGGUUUAUUUUAUCAAAGUAUAUUAGACCUGAAGAUGUGGGACGUUUCGCUGGAAUUUGUAAAAGUACAUACGAAGUAGUAUGUACAGCACAAUUUUGGUUUAACCUCUACAAGCGUUUUUAUGCAACAACACCCACCCUUCCAGAGCAGUUGCAGCCAGAAUGCUUGGUCAGAAAAUACAGUCUGAGAACCUCUGUUAUAAGGGCAUUGUAUUUUAUGUACACCCCCUUCAUAGAUAGAAUAAAAGCAAAACAGGAGCAACAUCCAGAUAAAGUCACAAAAAGGGAAUGCAUUUUAAUGUGGCACGAGAAAAAGAAAAGCCACUGGUUUUAUUACUUUAAAAUGAAAGAAAGAAACACCAAUGUGCUUCCCCACACAAGAAGAAAAGUUGAGAAACAUCGACCUGACCUGCUGGAAAUCCUAGAUGAUGUCUCAGCUAACCAGGAUGAAUAUUGUCAAGUUCUGCAGGUCACAUGCAAGGAUUUCAUUCCAGUGCCUCCAGUUUUGGGACUCACACUGACAUCUGUUAUGUUUACCCUAUCCAGCGGGUUCAUACAUCACAAGCUGCAGUUGGGAUUCAACACAGGGGUGCAGAGUUGCCUCCGCACGACAGAUGGCGGCACCGGUGUGUCCGUUAUCCUGGAUCCAGUGAUCAAUGUGAAGGUCCUUGAUUGGUGGCACCCUCUUUAUCCCCAUAGUCACAGCAUGGAACAUUUAUUGAACCAAGAAUAAUUUCGAAUUGUUCACUGAUGACUGAUCAAAGCUAUAAUAAUAUUAUACCCCACAAAUGUCUCAUAGAUUAUCCUGAGGGCGCCUAAUAUAUGCAUCUAUUUUGUAGAUUUUUUUUAGCAGGUGGUUUAAAUUUUUUAAACCGUUAAUUUUUCUUUUUGUAUAAAUUCCUUGACGCUGAAUGUCGAAACUUUUAAGUUGGUCAGUAAGCAGUUGUGAUGUGAUAGAAAUCGUACUUUGUUUAUAUUUAUUUGAAAAUUUAUUCUUUGUCACUGAUAUUUGGCGACAACUUUUAUGAUAAAAAUGCGUCGCCAAUAAAUAUUUUUUAUUUAAGUCAAUUCGGAUAUUAUUUAAAUAAAAGUACCGUUAAUGUAAAUAUUUUUCAAUAAAAAAUAUUGUAUA